CGUGGUGGGGCUGCAAGCCUAUCUCUGGCGCCAGCUCUGCUGAGCUUCCUUGUCUCACUCCGUCCACCCAGCUUUGCUGGUUGCGCUGGGAUUUCCCUUUGCCUCCGGUUGGGGCUGCUGUUUCGCUUCGCCGACGUUGAUCCUGUAUCCCUCCGAAGUUUGGAACCGUGCAGUCUUCCCAUCUGGUGAUGGAGCUUUCAAGUCCUUCCAGAGAGGGGCGUCCGAAGUGCCAGGGCAGAGUGGGCAUCAUCGCUGUCUGCCUCAUGGGAUUGCUUCUAUUUCAGGCAGUAUCGUGGGCCUCAGGUGCCCGCCCCUGCAUCCCUAAAAGCUUUGGCUACAGCUCAGUGGUCUGUGUUUGCAAUGCCACAUACUGUGAUUCUCUUGACCCCCUGACCUUGCCUGACCCUGGCACCUUCAGCCGCUUUGAGAGCACACGCAGUGGGCGCCGAAUGGAGCUGAGUCUGGGGAACUUUCAGGCCAACCGCACAGGCACAGGGCUGCUGCUGACCCUGCAGCCAGAUCAGAAGUUCCAGAAAGUGAAAGGAUUUGGAGGGGCCAUGACAGACGCUGCUGCACUCAACAUCCUUGCCCUGUCACUCCCAGCCCGGAAUUUGCUGCUCAAAUCAUACUUUUCGGAAGAAGGAAUUGAAUACAACAUUAUCCGGGUCCCCAUGGCCAGCUGUGACUUCUCCAUCCGCGUCUACACCUAUGCCGAUGCCCCUGAUGACUUCCAGUUGCUCAACUUCAGCCUCCCAGAGGAAGAUGUCAAACUCAAGAUACCCCUGAUUCACCAAGCCCAGGAGUUGGCCAAGCGCCAUGUUUCACUCUUUGCCAGUCCCUGGACAUCACCCACUUGGCUCAAGACCAAUGGGAAAGUGAAUGGGAAGGGCUCACUCAAGGGUCAUCCGGGGGAUCUCUACCACCAGACCUGGGCCAGAUACUUCAUCAAGUUCUUGGAUGCCUAUGCCAAGCACAAGUUACAGUUCUGGGCAGUGACAGCUGAGAACGAGCCUUCUGCAGGGCUCUUUAGCGGGUACCCCUUCCAGUGCCUGGGCUUCACCCCUGAACACCAGCGAGAUUUCAUCGCCCGUGACCUGGGUCCCAUCCUCGCCAACAGUACGCACCGUGAUGUCCGUCUGCUCAUACUGGAUGACCAACGCUUGCUGCUGCCCCACUGGGCCCAGGUGGUGCUAACGGACCCAGAGGCAGCUAAGUACAUUCAUGGAAUUGCUGUACAUUGGUACCUGGACUUUCUGGCUCCAGCAAAAGCCACCCUGGGGGAGACACACCGCCUGUUCCCCGACACCAUGCUCUUUGCCUCUGAGGCCUGUGUAGGCUCCAAGUUUUGGGAGCAGAGUGUGCGGCUGGGCUCCUGGGAUCGAGGGAUGCAGUACAGCCACAGCAUCAUCACGAACCUCCUCUACCACGUGGUUGGCUGGACCGACUGGAACCUUGCCCUAAACCCUGAAGGGGGACCCAAUUGGGUGCGUAACUUCGUUGACAGCCCCAUCAUCGUGGACAUCACCAAGGACACAUUUUACAAACAGCCCAUGUUUUACCACCUUGGCCACUUCAGCAAAUUCAUUCCUGAGGGCUCCCAGAGAGUGGGGCUGGUUGCGAGCAAGAAGAACGACUUGGACACAGUGGCACUGAUGCAUCCCGACGGCUCUGCAGUUGUGGUUGUGCUAAACCGCUCCUCUAAGGAUGUGCCUCUCACCAUCAAGGAUCCUGCCAUGGGCUUCUUGGAGACUAUCUCACCUGGCUAUUCCAUUCAUACCUACCUGUGGCGUCGCCAGUGAUGGAGCAGAUACCCAAGCAGGAGCCUGGGCUCAGAAUGGACAUUAAAGGGACAGAGUCAGUUCA